AUGGCAAGUCAGGUUGAAGAACUGAAAACAAAAGCGAAUACUGCAUUUCAAGCCGGAAAAAACGAAGAAGCAGCAAAAUACUAUACGGAGGCUAUUCAACUUGAUGAUAAAAAUCAUGUUUUAUACAGUAAUCGAUCAGCUGCGUAUGCAAAAAUGAACAAAUACGAAGAUGCACUAAAAGAUGCUGAACAAUGUAUAGCAUUGAAACCAGACUUUGUUAAAGGUUAUUCUAGAAAAGGUGCCUCAUUAUCAUAUUUAAAACGUCAUGAUGAUGCAAUCAAAGCAUACGAAGAAGGUCUUCGAUUAGAUCCUCAAAAUCAACAAUUACUAGAUGGUUUGGGAGAAGUAAAAGCGGCACAAACACCAACAUCGUCAAAUCCAUUUGGUGAUCCACAGUUUUUAAUGCAAUUAAUGGCAAAUCCAAAAGCACGUGAAUUGAUGAAAGAUCCUGAAACAGCAAGACUGAUGCAACAAUUUAGAACAAAUCCAAAUAACCCCUUAUUAUUCCAAAAUCCAAAAGUAAUGAAGGUCCUUGGCGCUGCUCUCGGUUUUGAAUUAGGCGGUGAAAAUGAUGAUGAAAUGACAAUGAGAGGUGAUCCUGCAGCACAACCAUCUAGUUUUUCAACAUCGAAACCUUCAACAUCAUCCGCAUCUAACACUUCCAAAACGACAAAUGCAGCGAAAGAUGAUGUAAAUAAAAAUUUAACACCAGCGCAGAGACAAGCCGAAGAAGAAAAGGAUAAAGGAAACGAAGCUUACAAGAAGAAAGAUUUUACUACAGCGUUACAACAUUAUGAUAAAGCUAUUGAAUUAGAUAAUAAUAUGAAAUAUUAUACAAAUAAAGCUGCUGUUUAUUAUGAACAAGGUCAAUGGGAUAAUUGUAUCGAACAAUGUUUAAAAGCAAUCGAAAUUGGAAGAGAAAAUAAAGCCGAUUAUAAACUUAUUGCAAAAGCCUAUGCGCGCAUUGGAAACGUUCAUUCACAACAAAAAGACUAUCAAUCAGCGAUCAAAUAUUUUAAUCAUUCCUUAUCUGAACAUCGUAAUCCUGAAGUAUUAAAAAAAAAACAAGAAAUUGAAAAAAUAUUGAAAGAUGAAGAAUCAAAAGCGUAUGUUAAUCCAGAAAUUGCAAAUGAAGAAAAGAAUAAAGGCAAUGAGUAUUUCCAAAAAGGAGAUUUUCCAACAGCACUCAAACAUUAUUCGGAAGCUAUUAAACGAAAUCCCACUGAUCCUAAAUUGUACAGUAACCGUGCUGCAUGUUAUUCGAAAUUAAUGGAAUUUCCUUUAACAUUAAAAGAUUGUGAAGAAGCAAUCAAAUUAGAUCCAACGUUUCUUAAAGCAUAUCUUCGAAAAGGAACUGCUUUAAUAGCUAUGAAAGAUCUUGGUCAAGCAAUGUCAACGUUUUCGAAAGCAUUAGAAAUUGAUCCAAAUUGUCAAGAAGCAAUUGAAGGUUAUCGUUCUUGCACAAUGAAAGCAAAUAGCGAUCCCGAAGAAGUUCGUAAACGAGCGAUGAACGAUCCGGAAGUUCAAAGUAUUUUAGGUGAUCCUGGUAUGCGAAUUAUACUUGAACAGAUGCAAAAUGAACCACAAGCAUUAAGAGAACAUUUAAAAAAUCCAGCUAUUGCACAUAAAAUACAGAAACUAAUUGAUGUUGGUAUUAUUGCCAUAAGAUAA